AUGAGCUAUGGGAAGUUCAAGAAAACAAUAGUCUCGAUAGAGCUCAUAAAGUUCAUGUGCCACGACCAUUUGCUUAUCAAUUUAAGAAAACCUCUGACGAUAGUGUCAGGAUGUAACGGGUCUGGGAAGAGCGCGGUGAUGGUAGGGAUUGGGCUGGUUCUUGGGCAGCGAGCACACAGUCUUGAGCGUGGAAGUAGUUUCAAGGAUCUAAUUAAAAGCGGAGAGUCGAGUGCGAUUGUAAGGGUUGUGCUGGAGAACCAUAAAGGGUUUAAGAGGGAGUUCUUCAAAGAAAGGAUCAUUAUCGAAAAGAGAUUGGGGAUGCGAUCUGCGACAAUAAGUAUUAUGAACGGGGAAAGGAAGAUCUGGUCCAUGAGAAGAGAAGAUUUGGAGUUAGUUCUAGAGUUCUUUUCAUUGAGAUUUGAGAAUCCAUUGAACUUCCUCAGCCAGGAGCAGUCCAAGAGGUUUCUGAACAUGAUGAAUCCCGAAAUGCUUUAUGAACUAUUUAUGCAAGGAACAGAAAUGGCAGAGAUAUGUAGGCUGAAUGACGAGUCUAUGGGUAAUGUUCGGAUGAUGAGAGAAAGAAUAAGCUUAGUUGGUAAGGAAUUGGAAGAGAUUGAGAAGCAGAUCAAGGACGAAGAAAGCAGACUGGAGAUUAUAAACAAUGUCAAAGCUAUGGAGAAUGCCAUAGUCGAUCUAGAAGAUGAGAUGGCAUGGGCAAAAGUGAACGAAAGAAAAAUGGAAAUGGAUAAGCUCUUUGAGAGGUUCCAAAGCAAGCAGGAAGAAAUGGAUAAGGACCACGGAAGGUUAGAGGAGCUAUCUCAAAUGAUCAAAGAAGCCAGAGAGAAGCUAGUUAUGAUUGAGAGUGAAGAGGUGGAAAGGAAAAGAAGUAGAGACAGAAGGAGAGAAGAGAUUGAUGGAGCCAUCAGUAAACUUCGGAUGAAGUAUAGAGAAAUAGAAAACGACUGUUCGGAGUUGAAGGAGACAGAGGAUUUUAAGAGUAGGAUUGCGAUGGAUUUUGAGAAUCAAGACGGAAUUGUGAGGAACCUACUACCUCAGCUUGAAGAAAGGCACAGGAAGGUUUCUUCGGAAAUAGAGGCUCUAAAUGCGAUGAUGGAAAGACUUGCUGUGGAAAGCGAAGAAUGUAGAAAGAAAGCAAGGGAGGAAGAGGAGAUACUUUCCGAAAGACAGAGCAGAAUUCUUCAUCUUAAGAAGCAAAUUGAAUUCUACUCCAAAAACGACCAAAACAGUUUUUUUGGUCCCAACUUUGGUAGUGUCAUUAACGAGAUUUCGAGAACCAGGUUUAAUGAGAAGGUUGUUGGACCCAUUGCAUUUGAGAUAAAACUCAAGGAGCAGAAAUGGGGCAAGGCUGUUAGCAUUGUAUUGAAUAAUACACUGUCUACUUUUAUUGUAAUGAAUAAGUUGGAUAAGGAUAUCCUACUUAGGAUAUUUAGAAAGUACAAGGUAGACUUCCCGAUCUCGACGCUCUCAACUAGGGUUCCAGAGAUUAUAAAGUACAAGAGGAACGAGAGGUACAAGACUGUGCUCGAUGUUCUGGAGAUCCAGAGUUCUUUUGUUACAAACUACCUGAUAAUAACGACCUCUAUUGAGCAGACUAUUCUUAUUGAGGAGAGGAAAGAGGCUUAUGAGAUAAUAAGAUCAAGGCCUGGAUUUGUAGAAUGUGCUUAUACAAAGAACGGAGACAGGAUUAGGCUGGUCGGAGGAAGCAUGUCGGAUUUUGUUACAAGAGGUGUGGAUAGGUUCUUCUUUGAGAACACUCACGAAAAACUUGAACGAUGUAAGGCAGAAAUGAAGAGGUUGAUGAAAGAGAAGGCUGAGAAAAGUUGGGGAAAGAAGUUAGAGGAAAUAAGAAGUGAAGUAGGUAAGGUGAAUGAAGAAAUAGAGCAUCGAAGAAGAGUGUGCAAAUCCCUGGAGGUUGAAAUGGAACAGGAAAAGCAGAUACAUGAUGCUCAGAUGGAGAUUAUAAAUAGCGAUGAGAUCUAUGAAGAAAUAAAAAACCUUAAACGCCAGAUAUCUCUGCUGAAGAAGAAGCAGGAUGAAAUCAACCAAGAGAUUGAGGCUCUAGAGAUAGAGAAGAGAGAAAUUAAGGAAUACAAGGCAUCGGGUACAGAGAAUCUAAGACAGGAGAUUUGCAAAAGCAAGGCAGAGGCCUCCAGAAUUGAAAGGAAAAUAGAUCUAUGCCGGAUAGAUGCUCUUAAAUUGAAAGAAGAGCAUGCAAAGUAUACUGAAGUUUAUAACACAGAGAGGAGGAUGCUUGCGGAAGAUGGAAGAAAAGAAAUUGUAACAAGGUCUGAAGAUGAAAUCAGAAGGGAUAUAAUACAUAUAAAAGCACAGAUUGACAUGUGUAAAGAAGCUGAAGAUGAGAAGAAAACCUUAGCCGUGGUGGAACAUCUGCGGAAAAUGAAGAAGAUGAAAGAAGAUCUUCUUGAUGAAUACAAAGAGAAGAUAGAAAAUGCUCUUUCGGAUGUCAGGCUAAGAAUAAUCAAAAGAGAUGGCAUGAGGAAUGAAAUAGCUAGAAAUGCUACUUUAGAAUUUUCCAGAUUAACUCGAAUUAGAGGGUAUGAAGGAAUCCUAGAGUUCGAUCAUGAAGGGAAAAGGUUGGAUGUUAAAAUGAAAGUCCAUGGGCAAACCGAAGCGGGAUCUAGAAGUAUGCUGUCUGGAGGGGAGAGAUCCUUUGCAAGUGUUUCAUUAAUUUUGUCUCUAUGGCCCUCACUUUCGUGCCCUAUCAAAAUACUUGAUGAAUUUGAUGUGUUUAUGGAUAAUCUAAACAGAAAACAAGCCAUAAGGCUACUUCUAGAAUUUUUUAAGGAGAAUGGCACCCAGGGGAUUCUAAUAACUCCUUUGGGUGUAGAAGAUCUUUUUGAGGAUUUUUGUGAUGUUAUUGUCCUGGAAAAGCCUAAUAAAGGCAAAUGGAUAGAAAGAUGA